UCAUUACUGAAAACACCAUAGUAAGUGAACUUGCCCAGUAACCACCACCAUCAACCUGUCUAUAGAACAAAUAUAUAUUGAAAAAUUUGAAUAUGCAGAUUAUUCCUGAUUCUAAUGUACACUCCAAUGUUUCCGGGGAUUACAAGCUGUCCGUUUUAAGCCCUCACGGCCCUAAAGUUAACGAAUUGGAGAACAAGCAUCCUUUGGAAAACCGUCUUGCCAAUUGGGAAGCCCAACAACGACAAGUUCGUUUGGAUAGUAUGCGCCGUAUUUAUGGUUUGCAUGAACCCAUUCGCCGUGAAAUGGAGUUGCGUCUAUCAACUCAGAGCGUAAGGCCUAUGGCUUUGGGUGGACCUAGCAACUUCCAUGCUGACAUUCUUGCCAACCGUGAAGCCUGCUUAGAUGAGACCGAUAUUUACACCGCUCAAGCUCCAAUGGAAAUGACUUUUCAAAACGAAGUGGCUACUCGUUAUGGUCUGUAAAAAGCUUUCUGAACAUUUUAUGAUCCUUCAUUCUUUCCUUCUUCCAUGCAUUCUCUUCCUGUUUCCUUUUGGCCAUAUUUGUUACUUUAUAAUGAUAAAAUUGAGCACAUUACAGUAGUUUGUCCCAAAUUGAUUUCUCUAUGGUUUCAUGAAUAUUACUCGA